AUGCACAUCCGCCCGGCAACUCCCUCCGACUUUCCCUCAGCCGCCUCAAUAUCUGUCCUCUGCUUCUGGAAUGACGAACUCUACGACUACACCAACCCUUGGCGAGAGCAGCAUCCGGACCAUUUCCGUUCCCUCUUCCUGCGAAGGCAUAAAAUCCGGUUCGUAACUCCUGGUUACGUCUUCCACGUUGCUGUCACAGACGAAGGAGACCAAAACCAUAAGGGAGAGGGAAAGGUGGUGGCAUUUGCGGUUUGGGAGAGGACGGGAACAAGCAAGGUGGCGAUGGUGUGGAGGAAAGAUACCUUUUGGAAGCUACUAGAACGCACCCUUCUCACCGCCCAGGAAUACUAUCUCUCCCUCCUCCGCGCCGACAAAUCCCUCCACUACGCCCGCCUCGCCCACUUCCUCGCAGAGGCCAAAUCAGAUUUCGCAUCCAUCCCCGAAAUGUGGAAGAUGCAAAACCUUGCCGUGCACCCCAAUUUCCAACGUAGAGGUAUAGCAUCCAUGUUGCUGAACUGGGGGAAACAGCAAGCGGGGAAGGAAGGCGUUCCCAUUGGGUUGGAGGCGAGUGAGCUCGCCAGGCCGCUUUAUCUGAAGAAUGGGUUUAGGAAGUUUGGGAAUAUGCAUAUUGAAGAUUUCCCAAUUGAGGAUGUGCCGAUCUUUUUGUGGGAGCCGAGGGGCUUGGAGGGGAUGUGGGGAAUGAAGGGUGAUGUUGGCGAGUAG